CUGUGCUCUCCCGCCCGGCUCUGCGGGCUGCAGAGGGAGCGGGACCCAGGAGGCGCAGGCGCCGGGACAGUGAACCAUGGAGCUGUAUUUCGGUGAAUACCAGCAUGUGCAGCAGGAAUAUGGGGUCCACCUGAGACUCGCCAGCGAUGAUACCCCAAAGCCAAGGAAUUCCCAGCCCUCAAAGGCAGGCUCCUAUGGCGUCAGUAUCAGGGUCCAGGGAAUUGAUGGCCACCCUUACAUAGUCCUGAAUAACACCGAACGCUGUCCAGCAGGUACACCUUUUCCAGAAAACGGGCCACCGUCAUUUCCGUCUUCAGUGAUAAAUAACCUGCCUCUACAUCCAAGCAAUGGAACCGUGUUGAAGGAGACCGAUUCCGAAGAACUGCAGCUUCCAGAAAACCCGUACCUGCAAACUAGCCCAAUAAGAAACCAGAAGCAGUCCUCCCUCCAGGAGGUCAGGAAUGGAGUUCUAGAACGCAAGGACGGGCCCACAAAACUACCGCAUGUGCUCAACUUCCAGAGGCACCCAGAACUUCUGCAGCCUUAUGACCCCGAAAAGAAUGAGGUGAACUCAAAACCUCACCGUCCCCAGAGUCCCUGGCUGCGAAAUGCGUCAGAGGAAGGGACCAACAAUAAGAAGGCCCGGAACUGCUUUCCCAAACCUCGGGGUUCCCAGCCCAACAGCCCUACUUUGGAAGAUUUAGCCAAGACCAACAUGACGGCGAUCCGUCUCUGCAGCUCCGUGGUCAUAGAAGACCCCCAAAAGCAGACCUCAGUGUGUGUGAACGUUCAGCAGUGCGCCAAGGAGGGGAUGGGAGAGGAGGCUCUGUCCCCUCUACGGAAAUCCCCUGCUGUCCCUAGCCCACAGGCCUACUCCGAGAGCAAGAAAAGUAGGCCGGAUGUACUACCCUUCCGGCGACAAGAUUCCGCAGGACCCGUCCUGGAUGGAGCUCGGUCACGGAGGUCUUCUUCGUCAUCCACGACUCCCACUUCAGCCACUUCCUUAUACAGAUUUUUACUAGAUGAUCAGGAAUGCGCCAUCCAUGCUGACAACGUCAACCGCCAUGAAAACAGACGGUACAUCCCUUUCUUGCCAGGAACUGGGCGGGAUAUCGACACCUGUUCAAUUCCUGGUGUGGACCAGUUAAUUGAAAAAUUUGACCAAAAGCCUGGCCUUCAGAGGAGAGGAAGGUCUGGGAAGAGAAAUAGGAUCAAUCCGGAUGACAGGAAGAGAUCUCGAAGCGUAGAUAGUGCCUUUCCGUUUGGUCUCCAGGGAAACGCAGAGUACCUCACGGAGUUCAGCAGGAACCUGGGCAAGUCUAGUGAACACCUCCUUCGGCCAUCCCAGGUUUUCUCCCAGAAGUCAGUGGCCCAGGAGCCCCGUGAGAAACACAGUCCUAGUUGCACACUUGUGAAGGGGCAGAGUGCCAUGCAGGGUACUCAGGGUGCCCAACCCACGCCUCUCCUGCAGAAUAAAGAUGAGAAAGUUCUGAACAAAGGAAGUCAGGAAAGUAUGGUGGCUCGUGCCUCCACCCUUCCAGCACAGAGUAAAAGAGAGGAAGAAAUCAAAAUAGCCACUGCCACGUUGAUGUUACAGAACCGGGCUGUGGCUGCCUCACCUGAUUCUGGUGCCAAGAAAAUUUCAGUGAAGACGUUUCCUUCUGACUCUAGUACUCAGGCCACACCAGAUCUCUUAAAAGGCCAGCAGGAGCUCACACAACAAACCAACGAGGAGACGGCCAAGCAGAUCCUUUACAAUUACCUCAAAGAAGGAGGCACAGACAAUGAGGACGCCACCAAAAGGAAGGUGAAUCUGGUCUUUGAGAAAAUCCAGACUUUAAAGUCCAGAGCUGCAGGGGGUACACAAGGAAGUAGUCAAGUUUUGAAUUCUCCACCUGAAGUCAACGAUCUAGUGGAUCAGAAGAACAAAUUGAUCGUAGAAAUGUCUGAAUUACAGCAGCAACUGCAACUGGAGAGGAAGAACCAUCAGAACAUCAAGGAGGAGAGAGAAAGAAUGAGAGAGGACUUCGAAGAACUGCGAGGCCGGCACCAGAGCCAGGUAGAAGAGAUGGCCACCCUGCAGCAACGGCUGGAGGAGACUGAAGGCGAGCUGCGGAAACACUUGGAAGAGCUGUUCCAGGUGAAGAUGGAGCGGGAACAGCACCAGACUGAGAUCAGAGAUCUGCAGGACCAACUGUCGGAAAUGCACGAUGAACUAGACAGUACCAAGCGGUCCGAGGACAGGGAGAAGGGAGCCCUGAUCGAGGAGCUCCUGCGGGCUAAACAGGACCUUCAAGAUCUGCUCAUUGCCAAAGAGGAGCAGGAAGAUCUCUUGCGAAAGCGGGAGCGUGAACUGACUGCCUUGAAGGGCGCCUUAAAGGAGGAGGUUUCCAGCCAUGACCAGGAGAUGGACAAGCUGAAGGAACAGUACGAUGCUGAGCUGCAGGCCCUCAGGGAGAGCGUGGAGGAGGCGACCAAGAAUGUUGAGGUCCUGGCCAGCCGGAGCCGCUCGUCGGAGCAGAGCCAAGCAGAGGCCGACAUGCGUGAGAGAGUGCUGACGGAGGAGAACGAGAGGCUGAAGGGAAGAGCUGCGGAGCUGGAGCGCAGGGUGGCCCAGCUGCAGAGGCAGAUCGAGGACGUGAGAGGCGAUGAGGCCCAAGCAAAGGAGACGCUCCGCAAGUGUGAGAGUGAAGUGCAGCAGCUAGAGGAAGCCCUUCUGCAUGCCAGAGAGGAAGAACAGGAAGCCACGUGUGCCAGAAGGGCGCUGGAGGAGGAGCUGGAGCAAGCUCGGAGAGAGUUGAGCCAGACCUCCCAGGAGCAGAAGGAGCUAUUAGAGAGACUCCGGGACGAGGCUGAGCAGAAGGAGCAGCUGAGAAAGUUGAAGAACGAGAUGGAGAGUGAGCGAUGGCACCUGGACAAGAACAUUGAGAAGCUGCAGAAGGAGAUGGCGGACAUUGCCGAGGCCUCCCGCACGUCCUCGCUGGAGCUGCAGAAGCAGCUGGCUGAGUAUAAAGAGAAGAACCGCCGGGAGCUUGCCGAAAUGCAGACACAACUGAAGGAGAAAAGCCUGGAGGCAGAAAAGGCCAGACUGGCAGCUGCCAAGAUGCAAGAUGAGUUGCGCCUCAAGGAGGAUGAGUUGCGGGACUACCAGAGAGCUGAGGAGGCAGCCCUCGCAAAAAGGCAGCUUCUGGAGCGGUCACUGAAGGAUCUGGAGUACGAGCUGGAGGCCAAGAGUCACCUCAAGGAUGACCGCAGCCGACUGGUCAAGCAGAUGGAGGACAAGGUGUCCCAACUGGAGAUUGAAUUGGAAGAAGAACGAACCAAUGCUGAUUUGUUGUCUGAGAGGAUCACUUGGAGCAGGGAACAGAUGGAGCAGAUGAGGAGCGAGUUACUUCAGGAGAAAGCUGCCAAGCAAGACUUAGAGUGUGACAAGAUUUCCCUAGAGAGGCAGAACAAAGACUUAAAGAGCCGGAUUAUCCACCUGGAAGGGUCCUAUAGGUCCAGUAAAGAGGGCCUGGUGGUGCAGAUGGAGGCCAGGAUUGCAGAGCUGGAGGAGCGACUGGAGAAUGAAGAGAGGGAUCGGGCCAACUUGCAGCUCAAUAACCGAAGGCUGGAGAGGAAGGUGAAGGAGCUGGUGAUGCAGGUGGAUGACGAGCACCUGUCUCUGACUGACCAGAAGGACCAGUUAAGCUUGCGCCUGAAAGCCAUGAAGCGCCAGGUGGAGGAGGCUGAAGAGGAGAUCGACAGACUGGAAAGUUCUAAGAAGAAGCUGCAGAGGGAGCUGGAGGAGCAGAUAGGGGUGAAUGAGCAGCUGCAGGGGCAGCUCAACUCUAUGAAGAAGGGCUUCAGGCUGAAGACACUGUCUACUAAAGUCCUGGAUGACUCGGAUGAUGAUGACCUCAGCAGUGAUGGGGGAAGCCUCUACGAAGCCCCACUGAGCUAUUCCUUUCCCAAAGACAGUGUUCUCACCAGCCAGAUCUGAGCCCGCUUCCAGGCCUGUUGAUCCUGACAGGACACUGCAGCCAUCCAGAGUAGGCAGCACUAAGCAAAUGCAGUCAGA